AUGCGGAGAGGCUGCUCAAACACAGCUCUUGUCAACCGUUCCGGAGUCCAUAUCUGCCGCCCGUGCAGCUGUUUUUUUGUGCUCAGCAAUGCCAUUUCAAGCUUUGUAUCGGCUGCCUCGUGGAAAGGCUCAGACUUAGAGGAAAUUCGGCGGAUUGUGUUCGAGUUGUUCAAUGAUGGCGAAAACGAACAAGAUAAAGAUGGUGGUGAAAAUGAAGAAUACAGUCGCAGGCUUAGUGACAAUGUAGGUGCUGCAAUGACGAGCAUCUCUUCAAUUCAGCAUGGUGCACCGUUGGGAGAACUUGUGUCUAUUUUGGCGACAAGUAUGUCGCAACUUUACAGUAUCAACUCUAUGUCGUUAUCGCGGGUUAAAUUUGUAAAAGCGUUGAGAGAACGGUGGCUUAAACAGGAACUACUUCCGUUCAUGAGCACCAGCACAGAUGAAGGUGGCGGUGACCACAAGACAAGCCCAAAUUUCUUAAACACAUUGUUUUUACUGGAAUCAAAUGCGAUACAGCUUCCUCCACUAGACUUUCGCCAGUGCCUUUUGCACCAGAAGCUUCAAUUGCUUAACUGUUGCAUUUUCAGAAUAGCUCAAGAAUUAAAGCCAUCUUCAGUCGGCAGGGUUAGCACGGACUACAAGAGACGAGAAAGUACUGGCGGAGAAGAUGCUACUACGUACAGCUCACCAGUAGUGGAGAGUGAAGAAGGCGAGAAUGAAGCAGAUGGCAGUCCAAGCGACGACGAAUUUUAUGACUAG